UGGCUCAUCUCUAGUACUGGAAAAAUAAAAACCAAGGCGUUUAAUAAAUCCUGAUAAAUCCCAUCCCAUAGGCUGAAAAAGCAAAAAGUUGAAAAAUAUAAAGCUGAAGGACGCGAUGAACACGAUAUUAAAAAGCAAGAAGAGGUUCUCCAAGAAAGUUUGAUGAUGGUUCCAGAUUGUCAAAGAAGAUUGGCUAAAGCAUUUGAGGACUUAAAGGGUAUUCUAGAGUCAGAACAAGACUUAAAAGAAACUGAAGAAUAUUCUACUGCCCAAAAAGUGUUAGAUGAAGCUAAACUGCAAUUGCCAGGACCUGGUGAACUGCACAUGUGUUAAUUUCAAUUCAAUUUACUUACCUUAUAUCUAAUUUUUAAAUAAAAAAAUCUAAUUUAUAUAAACAUUUUUAUACUGUUGUAAGUUCUAUUAUUUAUAUUUUGUAUUUCAUACUAAGGAUAUACUUGUAAUUUCUAAUUAUUAAAUAACAUAAGUGCUUUUUAAGAAUUUUCAGUCGUUAAGAUUUCUAUUGUUAACUUUAUAGCUUUAGAAUUAAGUAUUUGUAAAAAUGAAUUUUAAUUAUUAUUUUCACUCUUUGCCUACUACAAGCCGUCAAGCUUCGGAAGUGGCCGCUCAAAUAUUCCAGAAACAAAAUUUAGACAAGUCCAAUAUUUUAGAAACCAUCUAUAAUAAGUCCAAUGAUGAGCUGUGGGUAGAGUCGUGGCUUCAACAAAAUAAUAUUUAUCAGCCUAUACCUAAACUAAAAAAAAUUAAUGUUCCACCCAAUGCGAUGACCAUACAUCAAGCAAAAUUAUACAUAAAAGAUUGUCUUUCACUUCUACAAAAGCUAAGUAAACGUCAGAAGGAACUCGAGGAGAAUGUUACUACUAUUUCAACUGCCGAAUGGAAAGAAAAAACUAUUGAAAUUGGAGGAAUUAAGGAUGAUUUUACCAAAAUAAUGUGCAUCUUUCAAAAUGCAGAAGUUAUGAAGCAUUUAAAAAUUUCCUUGAAAAAUAGACAAAAAAAGAGGUUGAAUGAAAAACGGAAACGAGAAUUAAGAAUUGCAAAAAAGGACGAGGAAACUGAGAACCGAAAAAAGUUACAUAAGGAAAUUUAUCAUUGGUUAAGCAGAAAGAAGGAAGAGGUAGAAAAAGCUAAAAUGGAGGAAUUAAUGCAAAAAGAUGCGGAUUCUGUUCUUUCGGAAGUAACUAAGAAAAAGUCUGAAGCUAGAAAGCAACUGUCCUUAAUUAGUGCUUUAAUAAAGUUAAGAAAUGUCAGAGAAAAUGUGGCAACACAGAGAGGUGAGAAAGCGUUACUUGAAGAUAGAAGAGCCUUCAACAUUACUACUGAAAAAUUAAUCAAAAUGUGGGAAAAUACUCUCAAGGUCUAUCUCACUGAAGAGCAGGGAUUAAAGCUAAUGCUGGAAAAAACUCAAACUGAAGAUUCUAGACAGGCAAAACUUAAAAAAGAAAAAAGAUUAGUGGAAAAGUGGAAGGUAGUUUUGUUCAGUCAAUUGCAUUCUAUGCCUUCAAGUCACCAUACCUACUGGGCGUUAACGGCGGCCGAGCGAGAUAUGGACACAUUUAUAGCGAUAAGGAAAAGUUGGGAUACAUUUUUGGUUUCACCAAAUAAUGAGAGCGGAUCAAAAAUUCCUAUUGGAUGGAUACUGCCUGAUCCGAAUCCCAGCAAUGAGUGGAGUCAAUAUUUAGAUCACACUAUGAACUAAAGGCGGUACUUUAUUUUUAACAAAUAACAAUGUAGUUUUUUAUUCAGUAUAAAAUAUAUUAAAAAGUUUAUAGGAAUAUAACAGUUA